AAGAGAGCGGGAGAGCUGACAAGACGUCUUUUCUGUCUGCUGUCAUCGAGCGGACCUCAAAGCUGUAUGGAUACACACCUGCACUGCAUCCCAGCUCCUCCAGGGAGACACCUGCCACCGAGUCUGCUGGUAUGACAUCACAUCUAGAUAAGGACGGCGGGGAGACUUCAACACUGACGGCAGAAGCACAGUCUGUUGCAACACAGACCGCCAUGGUGCCGUCGGCCAGACUCAGACCUGCAGUUCCUGGGAAGGGAGAAUCAUUUGAUCGGGUCAGCAGCUCCUCUGCACAUGCACAGAGUGUUGCCAAAGCCAAGUACGAGUUUCUCUUCGGAAAGACAGAAGACAGAAGCUCAUCAGAUACUGUCGCUCCUUCGACCCAAGAGAAACAGGAAAGCGGCUCAGGUCUUGAGUCUGCUCUUGAUGACGAUGACAUUGAUGAGGCGUCCCUCUUCCAGGAAAUCGACAGAGAGCUGUCAAACCUAUUGAGCGGCCUGACGGCUCGGAGUCAGCAUGCUGCGGCCGAAGAGGACUCGCCGUCAGGAGACGCCGCCUCACCCAUGAUCCCCUGCAACGGGCAAAACGAAACCCCUCCGUCACAACUGGAUAUGGCCGAGCAAGGCCUGGACCUUCAGAACGGCCGGUCCGAGUUAGCAGGAGACUCUCUCCUCACAUCUGGUAUGCUGUUUGACUCGUGGUGUGAGGCGCUCAUAAAGGACCCCAGCUCAGUUAUGGCAGCCGCAAACGAGCUGAGCUGCUUCAGCUCUGGGCCCAGUCGAGACCCCAGGAACGCAUCGGUCUGCCAAAAUAAAUCUGACACCAGCUCAACUCGAGCUGCAGCACAGUCUGUAGAGGUGCCCUCCAAAGAAAACGCUGGAAAGGAGAUGGAGGGCAAGAGGGCCGGGUCACCCUCGCCCAUUAGGACAGACGCCGACCCCUCGGGAGAACUGGUGGAUGACUCUCUAGAGGAAUCCAAUAAAAUUCUGGCCGAGAUCCCGGGCAUCUUCAGUGGCUUUCUGGAAGGGGGCAAACUGCGAGACAAGCCGCCGAAGAAGCUGCGGUUUGUGGAGAGCAGGGCGGAGAGCCUCGUGAACGGAGAGAUGCAGAAUGGAGCGUACCAGAGCUGCAGUGUGAAAGAGGAAGUGACUCUAGACACGCAGCAUACAGAAGCCACAGGAGUGCCACAGGGGCGUGUGUUGAGACCCGAUCACAAACCAGCAGAGAACGGCUCAGACAGGAGUUCUGCUGCAGGUGAGAGGGACACCACAGAUGUCUUCAGCUGCCAGUUUGAGAACAUCCUGGAGUCGGAGCGUCUGCGGGAGACUCUCUACAGCAGCGUGGACAAUCUGUCCAACCCUGUGUCUGAACCCAGCUCUCAAAGCGCCCCGGGAGCCUCGUUUGCCUUCGACAUCCCCCUCACUCCCAUGAUCCAGCAGCGACUCAAAGACAGAAGUCUGUUCCUGAGCUCGGACGCUGAGGUGCUGAGCGUCACCAGCUCGAAGGAGAGCGGCAGGGCAGCUCUAGAGGUGACCUCAUCGUUCCUCUCAGUGGGACGUGAAGACGCUGGAGCAGCUCCAGCGGACACUUUAAACGACAAGGACCCCGGAGACUGGCUGCAGGGCUGUUUAAGCAGCGAUGCAGGGCUAAAUGACAUGCUGUCAGACUGGGACUCAGACAUGGAUGGUGUGGAAUGUCUUAAGGACACCGAUGUUCUCCACAAUGGCAGCCAAAAAGACCAGGAAGCUGCCCGACGUCUGGCCAGACGGCUAUACCACCUGGAAGGCUUCCGGCGCUCGGAUGUCGCCAAACAUCUGGGCAAGAAUAAUGACUUCAGUAAGAUGGUUGCAGAAGAGUACCUCAAAUUCUUUGAGUUUACAGACAUGACAUUGGACCAAUCACUCAGAUGUUUUCUGAAAGCAUUCUCACUAAUGGGCGAGACACAGGAGAGAGAGCGGGUGUUAAUUCAUUUCUCUAAUCGGUACUAUCAAUGUAAUCCCACCGUCAUCACUGCACAAGAUGGAGUUCAUUGCCUUACCUGUGCUCUAAUGCUGCUCAACACUGACCUUCAUGGCCCAAAUAUUGGGAAGAAGAUGACGUGCCAGGAAUUCAUCAAUAACCUGGACGGACUCGAUGGAGGACAAGAUUUCCCCCGGGAGCUGCUGAAGUCAUUGUAUAACUCCAUCAAGAACGAGAAGCUGGAAUGGGCAGUUGAUGGAGAUGAGCUGAAGAAGUCUCUGUCUGAGCUGGCGGAUAAGAACCAUCACUCUCACACUAAGAGCAUCAGUCGCAUCAGCAGCGGCAGUAACCCGUUCCUGGACAUUACCCAUGACCCCAACGCUGCUGUCUACAAAACUGGCUUCCUGACCCGCAAAAUCCACGCAGACAUGGACGGGAAGAAAACACCAAGAGGGAAACGAGGCUGGAAAACCUUUUAUGCCGUUCUGAAAGGCAUGAUCCUUUAUUUGCAGAAGGAUGAGUUUAAGCUGGAGAAGGCCCUGUCAGAAGAUGACCUGAAGAACGCCAUCAGCGUGCACCAUGCUCUCGCCAUCAAGGCGAUGGACUACGAGAAGAAGCCCAAUGUUCUCAAACUCAAGACUGCUGACUGGAGAGUGUUCCUCUUCCAGGCCCAGAGCCCCGAGGAAAUGGAGUCCUGGAUCAGAAUAAUCAACUCAGUGGCGGCCAUGUUUUCCGCCCCAUCCUUCCCCGCUGCCAUCGGCUCUCAGAAGAAAUUCAGCCGUCCGCUGCUGCCGGCGACCACCACCCGAAUGUCUCAGGAAGAGCAGCUCAAGUCCCACGAGGCCAAGCUGAAGCACGUCUCUACAGAAUUAGCCGAGCACAGAUCCUAUCCGCCAGAUAAGAAGGUCAAAGCCAAAGAGAUCGAUGAGUACCGCUUGAAAGAGCACUACCUGGAAUUUGAGGAGAGCCGUUACGAGAUGUACGUCAAGCUCCUGAAAGAGGGGGUGAAAGAGCUCUUGACGACCCGGGACAGUGACGCAGUGCUGAAGAAGUCUCAGUCCAGCCCAUCUCUCAACCAGGAGUCCCAGCCGGCCAACGCUAAAGUCAAGCGCAACACGUCCGAGCGGAAGGACUACCGGCCCGAAACACCCAAGGUCACAUAGACAUCUCCUGCUUCCUGUCAGAGAGCCUCUGUAUAUCACGCGUGACUGUACUUUGAUGUAAUUUAUUUAUCUGCCGACAGCUGAAUCAGAAAACUUUUGUGUAAAAUGUAAAUUGAUCAAUUGAUUGGAAGUCGUAAAUCUCCCUUGACCAGCCGGUGCUUGUGGAGCAAAUAGUGUGGUUUUCUUUUUUAUUCGUUAGCGUGUAUCAAUUUUGUAGUUGCACUUUAUUUGACAGUACAGUCGUGCGCUUGCAGAAAUGACUGAGUAAGAUCAGGAAACUACAGGGGUUUAGGGUUAGAUCCAGGGUUAGCACCUACUGUAGUUACUGUAGUUUCUAUAGUAUGUACAAGCGCAACAGCACUGUAAAAUAAAGUGCCGCUGAUUUCGUUCUGAGAACAUGACUGUCUCUUCAUUGUGCUGUUCCACUAAUUUGCUUUUGAGAAGUAUUUUUUUCAAGUUGAAACAUAUGCUAGACAGUAGAUAUAGUCUCACUCAGAGCGAGUUAUUUUACUAGACUAAGGGUGUUUUCACACUUGGUCCUUUCCAGGGGCUGAGCGCGCUUCGCUUGAUUUUUGUGCAUAUGUGAACACAACAAACGAUCUCAGACCCCUCAGAACCGAACAGAGACCAUCUGGGGAGGGGGUCUGAGUACAGUUCACUUUCAGCUACAGGUAUGAUUCGCUAAAACAACAUGCAUUGUGAACACAAAUAGUCCCAGGCUCACUUGAUUUUUCCUUUGGUGAAUUACAAUGUAGUUUGGCCAUCAGAUGUUUCCAUACAAAUCAGAUGUUUGUAGUGGCAAUGGGGAUGGGAAGACAAUUGCCAUAUAGCUUACUGUGAUGAUUAAAAAGGAAAAGAUGAUUUUUCACUCUUUUCUUAAAAAUGGUUUGACAUUUUAAAGGCUGUAAUUUCAUUUUAUUUAUAUUUUUCUGCGAAAACCUGUAUCUGAACUGUAAAUCAUUCUUUCUACAUUCGUUUUACAGUUUAAAAUGUUCGACAUUGCCCCGCACCACUCAUAUGGCAUUAAUUUUAAAAAGUCUUAAAUUUGAGCUUAAAAAUCCUGCAGAAACCCUUUGUGUUACAAAAUAAACACGAUUACACAGACAAGAAAAACAAUUCAAAAUAAAUAUUACAAAGGUGUACCAAAACUAAUAUCUUUUGUCCAAAAGAUAAGACUAUUCCAGUUUUGGAGGCCAUAAUGUCAACCAUUACACACU